GUCUUCUAAAUACAUUUUUUCAUGUUGUCUUUGCCGAGUGAAUGCCAUCAAUUGUCAGCCGAUUGAUCACAAUUGUAUCGGGGCGCAGUCCACCUGUUGGAAGCGAUCCGUCCGUCCGCUCGUUUUCGCAAGAGUGUCUGAAGUUCCUGACUCGUCCGGGUAUAUAAGAGCAGGAUUCGAGGUCCCUCGGGUGAAGAAGUCGCGGUUCGAGGAGCACACGGAUUGCACGGGGAAUACACCCUCCGAGGGCCUGGCCCACGUCAAUCCGAUGCCCCCGGCUGUAUUAUAAGCAAACAUUACCAACGAUGUGAUUGUAUACAGCCGCUGUGCGGUCCAAAGAAUUAUUCCGGUGAGGUUUUCAACGGUGCGUGAAUAAAGAAAAAAGGAAUUCCCCUCCUCCGGAGGAAAGAAACCGAUUGGAGAUAAAAAGACGAAAACAAAAUGAAAUUUCGCUUCCUCGGAGACGCUGAUUGCCCCGAUUGGCUACUAGCGGAGAUAAAUACGCUUUCUCGAAUGACGUCCAUCAAGAUGAAAGUUCUCGGACAACUCGUAGCCAAGUCUUUGACGGAAGGAACUCUUGACGAAGAUAAAGUGAAGAAACUCACGCAGGACGCAAAGCUAGAGCCUGGAGAUGCAAAAGCCAUCGUUGCUGCUUUAAACUUAAUACUUUCGUCUUCCACGAGUCAUGCGGUAUCGGCGACCGACCUGAGUAGCGAACUUCAACAACUGGGCCUCCCUCGGGAGCACAGCACCACCCUUGCACGUAUUUACACGGAACACAGCCCCCAAAUCACGGCGACGUUAUCUGCGCAGUCCUUGAGACUCAAACGUCUUUCUUUCAUCGAAACAUUGGAGAACGAGAAAACAUCACCAUUCGUAAAAAUAGCAUUCCAAACUAGCGACACCGCUGGAAAAGAGGAAACCAACAAAGUCACGAUACCCAAAGAAAGCAUUCCGGUAUUGCUUGCAGAACUGAAGAGAGCACGGUCACUGAUGGAAGGACUGUAAUUGAAUCGUUGAUAUUUAAUAUACGUCAUACGUUCAUGCAUGAGAUACAUAAAAUUAUGGCGAUAGGAUACCUGCAUUCAAUUGUUUUCCAUAGAAACGAGAGACCGUAUAUCAUUGAUUGAUACGGUGUGAAGUAAAAUGAAAUCGAAGUCACCAUUUAUCACACAAUUGUUUCCAUUGAUAUUUUUGAAGGUUGGACAAUACGAAUUAGCAUUAUACGACGUCAUUUAUAGCACCGUGAACAUCUAAAAAUAUAAUGAACUGUUACAUUUAAUGAGUUAUAAUUUCAAUUGCUAAUUAAUCGUGUAAUCAACUUAAAUGUAAAAUACUAAUUUUAAAUUUAUUAGUUUUUACUGAACAAAAUUUAAUUUAAUUUUAUUGAUACCAUGCCAAAAACAAUGCUCUCAGUAACUUGAUCUUCUAGAACAAUUCAUAGAGAAAAUGUAGGGGUAUACGGUAGUUUUAUUGUUGAAAACUGCGUGAACUUUCUCUUAAUUUUUAGUUUACAGAUAAUUCUGCAACAUAGUAUUUGAUAGAAAACUUACCCAGUUUUCGUAUUUCAUUUGGCAGGUUAACGCGAUUGGUAAUUACGUAUAAAUCGAAAUUGAUUUUACACCAUCUGAAAAUUUAGCAAUAUUAUUUCUUUUUGAUUUCAGAGGUAGAUUAAGAGAUUAUUGUUUGGUGACAUUAUUUGGCGCAUGGUCCUCAUUUAGUGAUUUGCCCCAACCUGAGUUUACAUUGAUUUGAAAACUAUUAGAUCCGCCGGGUCAAUUUCCUGACUUUUGCCAUAUUUGAUGUACACAUACGUAUAGAGUUAGAAAUAAAAUCAGAUGCGAUCGUUUUAUGAUAUUUGUCCACGUUACAAAUAUAAACGAUGGCGCGGCGAGAUGUUGAAUAAUUUACUUUUUAUUUUCUUGUUAAAUGAAUAUACAAAGUUUACAUUCAGUUUUAUGGUAUACGAUGCUUUGAUAAGUACACACAUAUAUAAAUAUAUAUAUAUAUGCAUGUAUGUAUAUUGAUACGUUAUGGCGAUAACAAUAUUUGUUGUACCUGUACCGAUUCAGAUCUGCGCUUACAAGUGAUGUUGGUUGUCCUGUGAAGAAUAAAAUCAUCUUCGUAAUCGCGGACAUUGAUUAUAUUGAUUCUUGGCUAUGUAUAGUUUAUAAUAAUGCAGAGUGCCUAGUCGUCUGUGUGAAAUAAAACAAGUGAUGUGACACCGCUUAAUAUCUAUUAAUUAAACCUGGAAUCUAGCUUUAAUUUAAGUAUUUUGUAUAUGUAAGGUAAAAUAUGACAUGCACCAAGCAAGAGCAAUUCAUUUUAGAAUGGAAAUGAAAUAUUGUCCUCACAUAUAGUUAUCCUUUACAGAAGAUGAUAUAUUUGUCGAAUAAAUACCAAGGCUAUUCUAAUCAGUCUUUAUACAAUAUUCGUACACUCGUUUUUCGCUUAUCAUUCAUAUUUACAACAAUAUGGCAUAUAUAAUAUCAUGUAUACGUAUUAACCGAUAUAACAAUUCUUAGUAAGUAUUAUUCAGAACAUCGGUCGUCAAAUGGGAGAAAAAAUCAAGCAACUAAAUAUCGAUUCCGUUUAAAAAUAUUGUUUUCGUCACGUGGCAAAAUUGCAACACGCUAUAAUUAUUUGUGUUAGUAGUAAAAAAAAAAUUUUCUUCUGUUUAAAGUUUGACCUCGAACUGAAACGUUAUUAACUAAGCCAGUAUCGGAACUUUCCUAUUCGGUAAAGAACAAAUAUUAGAAAAUAAAAUGAUACAAAACGCAAGAAAGUCAAUAGGACUGAAAAGAAAGCUGUAUGAUGUGAUUAUA